UUAUCUGUCUAAUCAAUCAAAGAAAAAAAUCAUUUACUCUCGCCUGAAAUCCUAGAAUCCCAUCCAUGUCAACUUCGGCGAAGAAAACCACCGCCGUCAACAGUGGAGAUAGGCGGCAGCCCAGUCGGCUUCAACGUCGCGCUCCGGCUUCCUUACAGAUCAGUCCGGUUUCGAGCUGGAACAUUGCGAUCCCUCUCUUAUCUCCGCUCGCUUCUUCUCCUCCGUCUAUUGAUCGGAUGGAAGAGUCACCGCGUCAGGAACAGCCGCCGCGACAGAGCCAGAAAACGGAGCCCGAGAAGCUUGUGUUCAAGAUGUGGCAGCAUCCGGCGGCGCCGUUCUGUUACGAGCCGGCACAGUUGGUGCCGUCUUUCGUGCCGGUCUAGUUGUACAUACGGAGACGAAAAGAAAAUUGUAGUUAGAUCCAACGGCGUGUGUUGAGCGCGUUUUCGUUCAACGGACAACACGUCACCAUUUUUGUACAAUCUGUUCAUAUUAGUAUACUCUCUUUUAAGCUCGAAAGCAUUGAUUCAACACAGUUUUGUACUUUCCA